AAUUAUGUUGCCAAAGACUGGCUGAUAAAUUAGGCAGCGUCGUCCUGAUUCGCCGAUCCAAUCUCAUCUUCCCCAAUCGCCUCUCUCAGUAUCAAUUCACACACACAAAGAACACACACACAAUAAUAAGAAAUGAUAGCAUCUGUAAUUAAGAAACCCUACUUAAAUACCUACGCUGUUGCUCUCUUACUUCUCCUCUCGCUCAUCUAUCUCCUCUCCCUGUCUUCCCCAUACUUCGAUUCUUCGUUUAAUUCGUUCAGGUUUAGUUCCACGAGCACCGGAAAUUCUAUAUGGAGUGUUAAAAGGUUUAUAGAAUGGAGACCUUGUGAUUGGUGGAUUCGAGGCCACUUGAAUGACAACUGCAUUUGGUUUUAUGUGUUGAAAUGCUGCAGCUCUUCCAGAAGAGAGCAAUGGUUAUAUUCGAGUGGAUUGUUAUGGCGGACUUAAUCAAAUGAGGCGGGAUUUAUGCGAUGGUGUUGGGAUUGCUCGUUUGUUAAAUGCAACUCUUGUAUUGCCAAAAUUUGAAGUGGCAGCUUAUUGGAAUGAAUCGAGUGGUUUUGCAGAUGUAUUUGAUGUAGACUACUUCAUCGGGAAAAUGAAUGGUUUCAUCAAAGUUGUGAAAGAGCUCCCUCCUGAGAUUGCAUCAAAGGAACCUGUUCAUGUAGAUUGCAGCAAACGCAAAGGCCAGUUUGAUUAUAUUGAAAGUAUUCUCCCUUCUUUACUAGAGCAUCAUUACAUCUCCAUCACUCCUGCUAUGAGCCAAAGGAGGGAUAGGUAUCCACGAUAUGCGAAAGCUGCCCUUUGUCAAGCAUGUUACAGUGCACUUCGUCUUACCAAGUUCUUAGAGGAUAAAGGUUCUGAGCUAUUACAAGCCAUACCUAAACCAUUUCUUUCACUUCACCUUCGUUUUGAACCUGACAUGGUAGCUUACAGUCAAUGUGAGUACCAGGGCCUAUCCCUGGCCUCCAUGCAAAGCAUAGACGCCGCACGAGGAGAUCGUAAACCAUGGACUGGAGAAGCAGCUCGUGUCUGGAGAGGCCGGGGGAAAUGUCCCCUCACACCAAACGAAACUGCUUUUAUUCUUCAAUCUCUCUCUAUCCCGUUAGACACGAACAUAUAUUUGGCUGCUGGGGAUGGUCUGAUGGAAGUUGAAGGGCUCACCUCUGUUUACACCAAUGUUUUUACGAAAUCUUCCCUUCUAACUAAUCAUGAUUUCAAAAGCAUGCAUGGGAACACGAAAGCUGCUCUGGAUUACCAUGUAUCGAUCAACAGUGACUCUUAUAUGGCUACAUAUUUUGGAAACAUGGAUAAGAUGGUGGCAGCAAUGCGGGCUUACAAGGGACUGUUUAAAACACUUUUCUUGAGCCGUCGACAUUUUGCUGAUUUCACUUCAAAGGGACUAAAGGGGAAGGAGUUGAUGGGCGCCUUAUGGAAGGCUCAUAGUGAUGAAUUUGCCAUGGGAAUUGGAUCUGCUUUACCUGAUUGCUUUUGUGAAUUCAGAUUGUGAUUCUUUUGUACCCCUUGUGUAACAAAUUAUCUCUUUCUUCCACUUGGGAGGGCUGUACUUGUAAAAUUUUCUUACUAGAUUACUAUUCUUAGAUUCAAGUGUACCAAGGUUUUUGGCACAUUAUUCUUUAGUGUAGUCAUAAGUUAGAUCCCAAUCCGGACAAGUAUACAUACUAAAAUGCAUACUUUAUAUAUUGAUGAUUAUAUUUUUCUGAUUGA